UAUAUGGUCGGAUAGUAUGUUUACAGAUUAGGAAUCAUCAGAAUAUUUAUAUGCAGACAUCAGUGCAAUUGUGUUUCAGUCUUCAACAAAGUUACAAACAGAUGGAAUAAAUGUGCAGUAUCUAUGAUUAUCGUAAAUAUUUGAAAGUUUUGUGUCAUCUUUGUUGGUCAGUAAAUACGACUCAUGUACAUUUAUGCUUACAAUUUGUGAUACUUUAGAUUAUUAUUGAAUUGGAUAUGGAUUCGUGAAAUUGGAAGAAAUGAAAAUUUUCAAUCGUUCGACCUAAUUAUUCAAUAGGUAUGUGCGUAAGUGUAACGAGGUCACGUUAAUAGUGUUGCAUAAGUGGGGUGCAUCUGCUUGACAUUUGAAUCGACCCCGAAUCCGAAUAGAAACUGUGUCAUGAAUUAGCCGGCGACCGGCGAGCGAGCACCGGCCGGCCGGCGGCAUCGGGCGGCGAGAGCAGCGGUGCGUUGUGCAACGCCUUCAGCGCCGCGCCGCGUCAGCACUCCGUUCCACCUCCACUUUGCGUUCCACGUGCGAGCCGGCGCGCCCCGAUGCCGGCCGUGAGCGCCCUCACCGCUCUCCGCUGGCCCUCGCGCCGACCCGGCCCGAACUGCCGUACCUCUCCGUCGGCCGGCGAACGCCGCUCCCUCUCGCACUCCCACCGGCCGCCGAUCUCAUCUACUCCCUCGAAACAGCUGAGUAUCAAAACAAAGAAACGAGACGGACGGUCGGCGCUCCUGCUCGCCGGCCGGCCGGUGUCGCGACUCGCGCCGCACGCACGCCAGUUCUCGUCUGAACCGUGUCUAUUGAGGUCGUUCGUUGCGAGCUAGCGCGUAAAGUUUGUUGUCGCGAAAGGAUUUCCCUUUGUCCCGAUCUUCGAGGACUUCGCCUUCGUAUUAUGUUUCCGCGCGAGAGCCGCGAUCAGCCUCGGCCCACUGAAGAGCCGAACCUCAUCCGGCGUACAGAAUUGCGUAGGAAUUCUAGCGAUUUUCCAAAAUUCUGUUACGGAUACCCCACGAAACGCGUUCGCCGGGCGCUUUGAAUUUUCUGUGUGAACUCGUGAAAGAUACUAGUGUGGACGAGAGGACCCCUUUUAGUGCGUAUAGUGAAGUCGCGCCGAGCCAACAGGACCGGCAGCGCCAUGUCGACCGGCAAGCGACUCGCGAAGCGCUCCAUCAUCGGGACGCGCGUCGCCGCGCUCGCUGAGGAUGGACUGUACUACUCUGGUAUGAUUCAGGCGGUGAAGACGCCGGCGCCGUUUCCGGAGAACAACAACUGCAUAAACUUGACGCCGAACACUCGGUACACUGUGCGCUUCGACGGCGGGAAGAUGAGCCGCGAGUACCGCGAUGCUGAGCUGAUCGGGCCCGGCUUCCGCGGGCUGGUGGGCGUGCGCCUGCAGCCCGGCCAGCGCGUCUUCCUCACACACAAUGGCCGCGAGGUGCGCGCCGAUGUCCUCCGCCACGACUACCAGACCGACGAGCUGCGCGUCCAGGUCCACUCACCCACAGCUGAGACUCCAAUCGAACUGAAGAAGAGACUGGAGGAAAUAAGACUGCUGGAGUCGCGCAAGUCGGCGCGGUUGGCGGAUGUCGACACGGACUUCGCGCGGCUGGCCGACAUGGCCGGCGACCGCCGCCGCGCCUCCGCCAACAUCGAAGUGCCUACACACCACAUGCAGGGGUCUCGUAAACGCGGCCCGAGCAGUUCUUGUGACCAGGGCUACGGUGAGCGUGACGACCAGAUGAACGAGUGCAACGCUGCGCUUGUCCUCAUGUCACUCAGCUGCUCACCCAAUUCACCACGACCUAGUGCAUGGGGCGGGCGAUCUUCAGUGUCUCCAGGUGCCAGCAGCAGUUCAGGGUCAUCGUGGCGCAGCGGAACCCCUUCCCCGCCGCCAGUCUCCUCCUCAUUUAGCGAUGAAGGAAUCGCCAUGGACUAUGAGGAGCUGCAUCCCCGCAAAAAAAGAAUAAACAGUGUCGUGUUCGAAUGCACCUGGCGAGGCUGCGGGCACACCACCAAUAGUUGUUCAGCAAUAGAGGCGCACAUCAGGAACACGCAUUUGGGGCCAAAGAAACAGGGCGAGAGCGACCACGAAGAGGAGUUCUACUACACGGAGCGCGAGGUGUUGGCGCCGCCGCCGCCGCCCACGCUGUCCCACCGCGACAUGUGCCGCCCGCCGCACGAGGACCCCGACUACCAGCGCCAGCUCGUCGGUUCCUACAGGCAAGGACUUCUUUCAACGAUGCACAGUGGCUCCGCAAGGCCUAUAAGUAUUCCAGUAAGCCAUACAUGGUCAUCAUCACAUUCACCGAAGCACAUGAGACUAUCGGGCAUGACCGGCUCGCCCGGCAGCCCGGGCCGGCGGCCGCGCUCCGACAACAAGAAGUGCCGAAAGGUGUAUGGUAUGGACCAGCGCGACCUCUGGUGCACGCAGUGCAAGUGGAAAAAGGCGUGUACGCGUUUCAAUGAAUAACGCGCGCGCCAUCCGCACGCACACGCGCGCCCUCUCGCAUCACCAAUGACAUUUGAGAAGUUUGUUGUUCUCGAACUGUUAACAUGAACCGCGUAAACGAUUUCGUGAGUGUUUGUGUCGUAAUUAAGCUUAAAUGAAGAUAUUAUUAAAAUGUUUUAUUACAUGUAAGGUUAUACGGAGUAUAUACUAUAUAUUGUUUAUUAAUAAUAAGGGAGACAUAUUUUUUUCUCUUUCGAUGUGACUCGUAUUUGACUGCAUUAUGGACAUUGCCCACGUAUUUUUGUAGAAGUGGUCACAGUUGCUUUACUCGAGAUGCCGAACUCCGGCGACAUCGACUGUAGACUGUGAACAUUAGAUGUAAGCUAAUAGACUUAAGUUCUGACUGACCAAACAGUGUGAAAACUAUUGUUUUCUUUGGAUGCGCUAUAUUAAAUUUGUUUGCAUCAAUUUGUCCGAAUGAAGAAAAUGGAAAUGUUACAUUAUAAUCGAUAUCUAACACAGAUACAUUAUUCGAGCAAACAAUAUCAGAGCUAAGAAAAACACAUAACUGUACUGUACUCUAGACUCUUAAAACUAUAUUUUUGAUACCAACACAUAAUUUCUAUUAUAUGAAUUUCUAUUAUUAGCAUCAACAGAUUUCAAUGCAAAUAUUUUCACACAUGAUGAAGAAAAUAUAUGAAGUGACGGACAUUAACACAACCAGAAACUAUUCAUAUAUUGAUAUAGGCAAUAGAAUGCAAAGAUAAUUAAUUUUAUAUGCAAUAGGAUAUUUAAAUGAACUGUUACCAGAACUUAUUUUUACUAAUAUUAGGUGCCUUAGUAAGGAAAAGCAAUGCAAUAUUUUUCUUUAAAACAAAACGUAACAAUGAGGCUUAAUAUUGAUAGAAGAGAAGUAUUGAAUGUCGUUAUUAUGAGAGUAAUAAUAGAAUUCCGUCCACUUGAUGGGGUGUGCGGUCGCGUCGAGUGCAUUCUGAAACCAUAUUUGAUGAUGAACAAUGUUUUCACACUGUUGAUAAUCCGAGCGUUCAAUUGGAUGUAUCUCGUCCAGUCGGUUGCAAUACAGUGAUAUUUUAUCACUUCAUGUUACAUAAUGUACUGACUGAAUUAUUAGAUAAUAAUGAAGUUUAUUGUGUAUUUAACACGAUGAAAAUUGAACUUAGCCAGUAAGUAUCUCAAAUUCGACUAAAAGACUUCAAAGUUUAGACUUAAAUUUUUAUGAACAUAUCUGUACUGUAUACAAGGAAGGUCCUUUAUGAACAAGGAGAGAAUACUCAACUUCGCUCACGACGCGCAUUUUGGUAGCGACGCCAUCGCCAUCUGUCAAAUGCGCUAUAUUUGUUGACCACAAGCACCGACGGAUUGGAAACGUUCUUAACGACGAAGCAAACAGCGCCCAAGACGGAACUAUACGGAUGUUAUUGAAUUUGAUACGUACGUGCAACAAACGAACUCUAUCUUUGAUGCACUGGUACAGAGACAAGCAAACGGUAUCCAGUAACAGAUUAUUAAAUGUGAUCGUGACACGUGUCUCUCGUAGGACAUAAAUAAAACCGUGUCACGAAUAUAAAAACCUUGCAGCUUUGGCUCUCGAAUAUCAUUAGGUUUCCAAAUACCUUAAGACGUUAGUAUGUGAUACCGAGGUGUAAGGAGGAGAGCGGAAACAAAUCCAGCGAGCGAGUGCUGCGCCUCCGAGCUGCAAUAUUAUUCGUUAAGUAUAAAGUAUAUUGUGUACAUACAUAUUUAUAAUCAAAGUUAUAUAUUAUACAUGUAUUUUGAAAUGAAAGCAAUGUUUGGAUGUGUAAAUAUAAGAAUUUUGUUAAAAUAUUAUUGUUAUAUAAUGUGAUCAUUAAUAUCGAAAUUGUUUUAUACGAGGUCGAGAUACAUUUUAAUAUAGAGUAUAUAAUAAUAUAUAAGGAGUUUUAGUCCUGUUUAGUUGUAAGUGGUAGUUUAGGCGCUGACAAGUGCGGCGUAUCUUGUCAAUCGUAGUUACCAAGCAUCGGCGUUGUAAUAUACAUAACAUUUUGUGUUUAUAGGUAAUCGUAAUAAUAGGCAUUCGUCUCCGAUCACUUAGUCUGUCUCUCUACUACGCUGUCGCGAAAGCGAACAGGAACCAAGGCGCACCACAUUUUGAUAUGAACCUGGCAUGGAAUCGAUUUUUUUGUUCCAGCGGACUCUGUGUUCCAUCUUCGUUUUAAUAUUCAUCUCGGUUCCUGUUCAUUUUUACGUCUUUGUACUAGAAGUUUUUACAUACGGCCUUAAAGGUACACGUAAAUCGGAAUGUGCCAAUCUAAAAAACUGAUCCAAGAAUGAUAAAUCGCCCCAGACAUAUGUCGUUGCGUCUUUAUAUCUAUACUCGGUGCUCUGUAAACAAUGUUCACGCACAUACAAAUACAAUAUUUAUAUCGACGUGCCUAUAUUUUUCUAUUUAUACACGUGCAUUCAUCUAUACACAUAGCCAUAAAUCAUAAUAUAAGUAAUUUCCAAGAAACAACCGUAAAGAUUCAAUUUUUAAAAUGUCAUGUAAGUGUUUUGCAGCUAUUGGAGAAAUGAAAUAUUAGGAAACAUAAAGUACUCGUAAAUACCUCCUCACAUUAUCACUCACUGCUGUGAAAUGUAGAUCUCACUGAUAUAAAAUAUGCUAGAUCUGAUUAAAAUAAGCGCAGCUCGGCGCAAUGCCACAGAGAUGGUAAUGUUCAUAGCGAGAAAUUAACUUAUAUGCAACAUUAAAAAAAUAACAACCAAAAGAAAAUUAGACAAAAUAUAAAAAUAAGUAGCAAAAUUUUAUUUUCUUGCCAAAUCAUUGUAAAAAAAAAUAAAAAUCAAACGGUACUUAUAAAGUAAAAUAAUUUCCACGCGGCCUCCAAAUGUAGUAGACGUUAUUUUAUAUGUUAUGCAACGUACCUGCGAGUAGCUACCAAAUACAUUGAGUUUAUUUACAUUGCAAUAAUGGUUGUGAUAAAACAUCAUAAUGUUGUAACUUUUAGCAAAUUUAUGUAUAAUUUUGUUUAUAUCAACGAAUUUCAACGCUAAACGCCAUCGUCAAAUAGCUUGAACUUUUAAAUGUUUUAUAACAACCCAGCUAGCAAUUUAACAACUGCCAUAUCAUAAGGAUCUAGAAUAUAAAGGGGUUUAGAUUGUAUGUAAUGUGUGAUAGUUGUUAAUGAUAUUUUAAGUUCAAGUCAUAAUGUAGUAUUUAUUAAUUUUAAGUACAUACAAUUACAAAGGUAACGUUUUUCAAGAGAGGCCGAUACGAGAACGUAACGAUAUCUCAUGACGGAUCAUGUAAAUUUCUACUCUAUUUUGCCUUUAAUCAUAUCUUAUUUCGAAUAAUUAUAAAUCGAAUGAUUCUUAUAUUUAAAAUUAUUAUAUUUUUGGCUAUUUUUUAUAAAACAAUAAAAGGUAAAAAUAAUUAAUUAAUCAAAUAUGAUUUUGUUUUAGUUUGGAAAAUACAGUCAUUGUUUCAAUAACUGAGAAAUACAUAAAUAUAAUUAUCUCCGAAAAAUGUUAAUGAUACCAAUCUCCGCGUUUUUCGUGGCUUAGUUUUAAAUAGAUAUUUUUAACUCCGGUAAACUGAUCUUAUGUUUGUCUAUGGUUGAAAAUAAACAUUUUUUUACCAAUUUUCGGAUACAUUGCCAUGCUUGGUUUUUGUUUAAUACCGAUCUCAUUUUAUAAAUGAAGCUAUUAGAUUUAUUAUCGUAUCUUUUCUUUA